AUGCAUCUCCUUCACAGCUGCUUCAUCUCCCCCUCCAGUGCAGCACCACUCCCCCUCCAGUGUAGCACCACUCCCCCUCCAGUGCAGCACCACUCCCCCUCCAGUGCAGCACCACUCCCCCUCCACUGCAGCACCACUCCCCCUCCACUGCUGCUGCCACUGCUGGUCUUGCUGGUGUCGAUUUCACAGCCGUGCCUGUGUGCCUUCUCCGCGCCUUGCCUUCUCCACUCCAUGCCUUCUCUCCUCUGUGCCUUCUCCCCUCCAUGCCUUCUCCCCUCCAUGCCUUCUCCCCUCCAUGCCUUCUCCCCUCCAUGCCUUCUCCCCUCCAUGCCUUCUCCCCUCCAUGCCUUCUCUCCUCCAUGCCUUCUCCCCUCCAUGCCUUCUCCCCUCCAUGCCUUCUCCCCUCCAUGCCUUCUCCCCUCCAUGCCUUCUCUCCUCUGUGCCUUCUCCCCUCCAUGCCUUCUUCCCUCCAUGCCUUCUCCCCUCCAUGCCUUCUCCCCUCCAUGCCUUCUCCCCUCCAUGCCUUCUCCCCUCCAUGCCUUCUCCCCUCCAUGCCUUCUCCCCUCCAUGCCUUCUCCCCUCCAUGCCUUCUCCCCUCCAUGCCUUCUCCCCUCCAUGCCUUCUCCCCUCCAUGCCUUCUCCCCUCCAUGCCUUCUCCCCUCCAUGCCUUCUCCCCUCCAUGCCUUCUCCCCUCCAUGCCUUCUCCCCUCCAUGCCUUCUCCCCUCCAUGCCUUCUCCCCUCCAUGCCUUCUCCCCUCCAUGCCUUCUCCCCUCCAUGCCUUCUCCCCUCCAUGCCUUCUCCCCUCCAUGCCUUCUCCCCUCCAUGCCUUCUCCACUCCAUGCCUUCUCCCCUCCAUGCCUUCUCCCCUCCAUGCCUUCUCCCCUCCAUGCCUUCUCCCCUCCAUGCCUUCUCCCCUCCAUGCCUUCUCCCCUCCAUGCCUUCUCCCCUCCAUGCCUUCUCCCCUCCAUGCCUUCUCCCCUCCAUGCCUUCUCCCCUCCAUGCCUUCUCCCCUCCAUGCCUUCUCCCCUCCAUGCCUUCUCCCCUCCAUGCCUUCUCCCCUCCAUGCCUUCUCCCCUCCAUGCCUUCUCCCCUCCAUGCCUUCUCCCCUCCAUGCCUUCUCCCCUCCAUGCCUUCUCCCCUCCAUGCCUUCUCCCCUCCAUGCCUUCUCCCCUCCCUGCCUUCUCCCCUCCAUGCCUUCUCCCCUCCAUGCCUUCUCCCCUCCAUGCCUUCUCCCCUCCAUGCCUUCUCCCCUCCAUGCCUUCUCCCCUCCAUGCCUUCUCCCCUCCAUGCCUUCUCCCCUCCAUGCCUUCUCCCCUCCAUGCCUUCUCCCCUCCAUGCCUUCUCCCCUCCAUGCCUUCUCCCCUCCAUGCCUUCUCCCCUCCAUGCCUUCUCCCCUCCAUGCCUUCUCCCCUCCAUGCCUUCUCCCCUCCCUGCCUUCUCCCCUCCAUGCCUUCUCCCCUCCAUGCCUUCUCCCCUCCAUGCCUUCUCCCCUCCAUGCCUUCUCCCCUCCAUGCCUUCUCCCCUCCAUGCCUUCUCCCCUCCAUGCCUUCUCCCCUCCAUGCCUUCUCCCCUCCAUGCCUUCUCCCCUCCAUGCCUUCUCCCCUCCAUGCCUUCUCCCCUCCAUGCCUUCUCCCCUCCAUGCCUUCUCCCCUCCCUGCCUUCUCCCCUCCAUGCCUUCUCCCCUCCAUGCCUUCUCCCCUCCAUGCCUUCUCCCCUCCAUGCCUUCUCCCCUCCAUGCCUUCUCCCCUCCAUGCCUUCUCCCCUCCAUGCCUUCUCCCCUCCAUGCCUUCUCCCCUCCAUGCCUUCUCCCCUCCAUGCCUUCUCCCCUCCAUGCCUUCUCCCCUCCAUGCCUUCUCCCCUCCAUGCCUUCUCCCCUCCAUGCCUUCUCCCCUCCAUGCCUUCUCCCCUCCAUGCCUUCUCCCCUCCAUGCCUUCUCCCCUCCAUGCCUUCUCCCCUCCAUGCCUUCUCCCCUCCAUGCCUUCUCCCCUCCAUGCCUUCUCCCCUCCAUGCCUUCUCCCCUCCAUGCCUUCUCCCCUCCAUGCCUUCUCCCCUCCAUGCCUUCUCCCCUCCAUGCCUUCUCCCCUCCAUGCCUUCUCCCCUCCAUGCCUUCUCCCCUCCAUGCCUUCUCCCCUCCAUGCCUUCUCCCCUCCAUGCCUUCUCCCCUCCAUGCCUUCUCCCCUCCAUGCCUUCUCCACUCCAUGCCUUCUCCCCUCCAUGCCUUCUCCCCUCCAUGCCUUCUCCCCUCCCUGCCUUCUCCCCUCCAUGCCUUCUCCCCUCCAUGCCUUCUCCCCUCCAUGCCUUCUCCCCUCCAUGCCUUCUCCCCUCCAUGCCUUCUCCCCUCCAUGCCUUCUCCCCUCCAUGCCUUCUCCCCUCCAUGCCUUCUCCCCUCCAUGCCAUUCUCCCCUCCAUGCCUUCUCCCCUCCAUGCCUUCUCCCCUCCAUGCCUUCUCCCCUCCAUGCCUUCUCCCCUCCAUGCCUUCUCCCCUCCAUGCCUUCUCCCCUCCAUGCCUUCUCCCUCCAUGCCUUCUCCCCUCCAUGCCUUCUCCCCUCCAUGCCUUCUCCCCUCCAUGCCUUCUUCCCCUCCAUGCCUUCUCCCCUCCAUGCCUUCUCCCCUCCAUGCCUUCUCCCCUCCAUGCCUUCUCCCCUCCAUGCCUUCUCCCCUCCAUGCCUUCUCCCCUCCAUGCCUUCUCCCCUCCAUGCCUUCUCCCCUCCAUGCCUUCUCCCCUCCAUGCCUUCUCCCCUCCAUGCCUUCUCCCCUCCAUGCCUUCUCCCCUCCAUGCCUUCUCCCCUCCAUGCCUUCUCCCUCCAUGCCUUCUCCCCUCCAUGCCUUCUCCCCUCCAUGCCUUCUCCCCUCCCUGCCUUCUCCCCUCCAUGCCUUCUCCCCUCCAUGCCUUCUCCCCUCCAUGCCUUCUCCCCUCCAUGCCUUCUCCCCUCCAUGCCUUCUCCCCUCCAUGCCUUCUCCCCUCCAUGCCUUCUCCCCUCCAUGCCUUCUCCCCUCCAUGCCUUCUCCCCUCCAUGCCUUCUCCCCUCCAUGCCUUCUCCCCUCCUGCCUUCUCCCCUCCAUGCCUUCUCCCCUCCAUGCCUUCUCCCCUCCAUGCCUUCUCCCCUCCAUGCCUUCUCCCCUCCAUGCCUUCUCCCCUCCCUGCCUUCUCCCCUCCAUGCCUUCUCCCCUCCAUGCCUUCUCCCCUCCAUGCCUUCUCCCCUCCAUGCCUUCUCCCCUCCCUGCCUUCUCCCCUCCAUGCCUUCUCCCCUCCAUGCCUUCUCCCCUCCAUGCCUUCUCCCCUCCAUGCCUUCUCCCCUCCAUGCCUUCUCCCCUCCAUGCCUUCUCCCCUCCAUGCCUUCUCCCCUCCAUGCCGUCUCCCCUCCAUGCCUUCUCCCCUCCCUGCCUUCUCCCCUCCAUGGCCUUCUCCCCUCCAUGCCUUCUCCCCUCCAUGCCUUCUCCCCUCCAUGCCUUCUCCCCUCCAUGCCUUCUCCCCUCCAUGCCUUCUCCCCUCACAUGCCUUCUCCCCUCCAUGCCUUCUCCCCUCCAUGCCUUCUCCUCCAUGCCUUCUCCCCUCCAUGCCUUCUCCCCUCCAUGGCUUCUCCCCUCCAUGCCUCUUCUCCCCUCCCAUGCCUUCUCCCCUCCAUGCCUUCUCCCCUCCAUGCCUUCUCCCCUCCAUGCCUUCUCCCCUCCAUGCCUUCUCCCCUCCAUGCCUUCUCCCCUCCAUGCCUUCUCCCCUCCAUGCCUUCUCCCCUCCAAUGCCUUCUCCCCUCCAUGCCUUCUCCCCUCCAUGCCUUCUCCCCUCCAUGCCUUCUCCCCUCCAUGCCUUCUCCCCUCCAUGCCUUCUCACCUCCAUGCUUCUCCCCUCCAUGCCUUCUCCCCUCCAUGCCUUCUCCCCUCCAUGCCUUCUCCCAUGCCUCUCCCUCCAUGCCUUCUCCAGCCUCCCCUCCAUGCCUUCUCCCCUCCAUGCCUUCUCCCCUCCAUGCCUUCUCCCCUCCAUGCCUUCUCCCCUCCAUGCCUUCUCCCCUCCCAUGCCUUCUCCCCUCCAUGCCUUCUCCCCUCCCUGCCUUCUCCCCUCCAUGCCUUCUCCCCUCGCAUGCCUUCUCCCCUCCAGUGCCUUCUCCCUCCAUGCCUUCUCCCCUCCAUGCCUUCUCCCUCUGCCUUCUCCCCUCCAUGCCUUCUCCCCUCCAUGCCUUCGCCCUCCAUGCCUUCUCCCCUCCAUGCCUUCUCCCCUCCAUGCCUUCUCCCCUCCAUGCCUUCUCCCCUCCAUGCCUUCUCCCCUCCAUGCCUUCUCCCCUCCAUGCUUCUCCCCUCCAUGCCUUCUCCCCUCCAUGCCUUCUCCCCUCCAUGCCUUCUCCCCUCCAUGCCUUCUCCCUCCAUGCCUUCUCCCCUCCAUGCCUUCCUCCCCUCCAUGCCUUCUCCCCUCCAUGCCUUCCUCCCCUCCAUGCCUUCUCCCCUCCCUGCCUUCUCCCCUCCAUGCCUUCCUCCCCUCCAUGCCUUCUCCCUCCCAUGCCUUCUCCCCUCCAUGCCUUCUCCCCUCCAUGCCUUCUCCCCUCCAUGCCUUCUCCCCUCCAUGCCUUCUCCCCUCCAUGCCUUCUCCCCUCCAUGCCUUCUCCCCUCAUGCCUUCUCCCCUCAUGCCUUCUCCCCUCCAUGCCUUCUCCCUCCAUGCCUUCUCCCCUCCAUGCCUUCUCCCCUCCAUGCCUUCUCCCCUCCAUGCCUUCUCCCCUCCCUCCUUCUCCCCUCCAUGCCUUCUCCCCUCCAUGCCUUCUCCCCUCCAUGCCUUCUCCCCUCCCUGCCUUCUCCCCUCCCUGCCUUCUCCCCUCCAUGCCUUCUCCACUCCCUGCCUUCUCCCCUCCAUGCCUUCUCCCCUCCAUGCCUUCUCCCCUCCAUGCCUUCUCCCCUCCAUGCCUUCUCCCCUCCCUGCCUUCUCCCCUCCAUGCCUUCUCCCCUCCAUGCCUUCUCCCUCCAUGCCUUCUCCCCUCCAUGCCUUCUCCCCUCCAUGCCUUCUCCCCUCCAUGCCUUCUCCCCUCCCUGCCUUCUCCCCUCCAUGCCUUCUCCCCUCCCUUGCCAUUCUCCCCUCCAUGCCUUCUCCCCUCCAUGCCUUCUCCCCUCCAUGCCUUCUCCCCUCCAUGCCUUCUCCCCUCCAUGCCCUUCUCCCCUCCAUGCCUUCUCCCCUCCCUGCCUUCUCCCCUCCAUGCCUUCUCCCCUCCCUGCCUUCUCCCCUCCAUGCCUUCUCCCCUCCAUGCCUUCUCCCCUCCAUGCCUUCUCCCCUCCAUGCCUUCUCCCCUCCAUGCCUUCUCCCCUCCAUGCCUUCUCCCCUCCAUGCCUUCUCCCCUCCAUGCCUUCUCCCCUCCCUGCCUUCUCCCCUCCAUGCCUUCUCCCCUCCCUGCCUUCUCCCCUCCAUGCCUUCUCCCCUCCAUGCCUUCUUCCCCUCCAUGCCUUCUCCCCUCCAUGCCUUCUCCCCUCCAUGGCCUUCUCCCCUCCAUGCCUUCUCCCCUCCAUGCCUUCUCCCCUCCAUGCCUUCUCCCCUCCAUGCUUCUCCCCUCCAUGCCUUCUCCCCUCCAUGCCGUCUCCCCUCCAUGCCUUCUCCCCUCCAUGCCUUCUCCCCUCCAUGCCUUCUCCCCUCCAUGCCUUCUCCCCUCCAUGCCUUCUCCCCUCCAUGCCUUCUCCCCUCCCUGCCUUCUCCCCUCCAUGCCUUACUCCCCUCCAUGCCUUCUCCCCUUCAUGCCUUCUCCCCUCCAUGCCUUCUCCCUCCAUGCCUUCUCCCCUCCAUGCCUUCUCCCCUCCAUGCCUUCUCCCCUCCCUGCCUUCUCCCCUCAUGCCUUCUCCCCUCCCUGCCUUCUCCCCUCCAUGCCUUCUCCCCUCCAUGCCUUCUCCCCUCCCUGCCCUUCUCCCCUCCAUGCCUUCUCCCCUCCAUGCCUUCUCCCCUCCAUGCCUUCUCCUCCCCUCCAUGCCUUCUCCCCUCCAUGCCUUCUCCCCUCCAUGCCUUCUCCCCUCCAUGCCUUCUCCCUCCCAUGCCUUCUCCCCUCCAUGCCUUCUCCCUUCUCCCCUCCAUGCCUUCUCCCCUCCUGCCUUCUCCCCUCCAUGCCUUCUCCCCUCCAUGCCUUCUCCCCUCCAUGCCUUCUCCCCUCCAUGCCUUCUCCCCUCCAUGCCUUCUCCCUCCAUGCCUUCUCCCCUCCCUGCCUUCUCCCCUCCAUGCCUUCUCCCCUCCAUGCCUUCUCCCCUCCAUGCCUUCUCCCCUCCAUGCCUUCUCCCCUCCAUGCCUUCUCCCCUCCAUGCCUUCUCCCCUCCCUGCCUUCUCCCCUCCAUGCCUUCUCCCCUCCAUGCCUUCUCCCCUCCAUGCCUUCUCCCCUCCAUGCCUUCUCCCCUCCAUGCCUUCUCCCUCCCUGCCUUCUCUCCUCCAUGCCUUCUCCCCUCCAUGCCUUCUCCCCUCCAUGCCUUCUCCCCUCCAUGCCUUCUCCCCUCCAUGCCUUCUCCCCUCCAUGCCUUCUCCCCUCCAUGCCUUCUCCCCUCCAUGCCUUCUCCCCUCCAUGCCUUCUCCCCUCCAUGCCUUCUCCCCUCCAUGCCUUCUCCCCUCCAUGCCUUCUCCCCUCCAUGCCUUCUCCCCUCCAUUCCUUCUCUUGUCUGUGGCUUCUCUCCUCCAUGCGGCCAGCAGCGUUGGGGGGAAUCACAGCUGUGUGGUUCUCUGCUCCUCUGCUCCUUUGGCCUUUCCCCCUCCGUGUCUUUUCCUCCGUGCUCUCUUCUCCAUCAUCUCCUUUGCCUCUCCUUCCUCUCCUCUGCUGCUGUGAAAUGGGAAGAGGCAGGCACAGGGCUGAUGAGUGCAUAA